AUGAUUCCUAUCUGCCCAGUUGUUUCUUUUACUUAUGUGCCCAGCCGGCUCGGGGAAGAGGCCAAAAUGGCUACCGGGAAUUAUUUUGGCUUUACCCCUGGCGCAGCAGCACAGUACAGUCAGCAGCCAACCGGAGGAGUAGCUUAUACUCACCCCACCACAGUUGCCAGUUACACGGUGCACCAGGCUCCCGUGGCAGCCCACACAGUGGCAGCCGCGUAUCCUCCCACCGCCGGUAGUGUAGCUGUUGCUCGCCCUGCGCCUGUGGCUGUGGCUACUGCUGCUGCUUAUGGAGGUUAUCAACCCACUCACUCUGCCACCGACUAUGCUUAUACGCAGAGGCAGGCGGAAGUCCCUCCUCCGCCACCGCCGGUCACAUCACAAAAUUAUCAGGACUCUUAUUCCUAUGUUCGCUCAACUGCUCCUGCUGUGGCCUAUGACAGUAAGCAGUACUACCAACAGGCCACUGCCUCUGCGGGUGUCGCUGCGGCACAGUCCCAGCAGACUGUUGCAGAGUCCUACUACCAAGCAGUGUCGGGUGGUGUAUUUUCAGCCCAAAAGUCGUCCUACAGUCAGGGAGCGAGCUCAUACACUCAGACGCAGCAGGCUCGACAGGUCACAGUAAUAAAGCCGGCAGCUCCCACCCCUGUGGCAUCGUCUUUCAUUUACCCCGUCACCUCUACGGUGCAGCCUGUAGCCGCUGCGGCCUCGGUGGUGCCUACCUACUCCCAAAGCUCCACUUACAGCAAUAGUGCUGUUACAUACUCUGGAACUUCCUACUCUGGCUAUGAGGCUGCUGUGUACUCUGCCGCCUCCAACUACUAUCAGCAGCAGCAGAAGCAGGCUGCUGCCGCUGUGGCAGCCACGUCGGCUUGGACGGGAAACACUUUCACCAAGAAACCUUCAUUUCCCAAUAAACAGCUUCGACCCAAACAACCUCCCAAACCCCCACAAAUACACUACUGUGACGUGUGCAAAAUCAGCUGUGCUGGCCCACAGACAUACAAAGAGCAUCUGGAGGGUCAAAAGCACAAGAAGAAGGAAGCUGCCUCAAAGGUGUCUCAGAGCAGCAGCAGUGGAGGUAGUUCUGGAGGGUCUCUCCCUCGAGGAGCACAGAACCAGCUCCACUGUGAGCUCUGCGAUGUGUCGUGUACUGGGGCAGACGCCUACGCGGCUCACAUCAGAGGAGCCAAGCACCAGAAGGUUGUGAAACUUCACACCAAACUGGGGAAGCCCAUUCCCUCCUCAGAGCCCAGUCUGACCUCGAGCAGCUCUGCGUCUGGCCUGAAGAGCACCACUUCCACUUCCAACAGCUCUUCCUCUGGCUCCUUCUCUCUUUCCACUUCCUCGUCCUACCUGAAGCCUGUCAACAUCGUCAGUGGUGUGACGGGCAAAAGCCCUACGUCCAGCCUCUCUGUCACCUCAGCCAAGAAGGUCAUCACCCCCAAGAUCAACUUUGUGGGUGGAAAUAAGUUGCAAACGACACUGAAACCGGAUGAAAUGAAAAGUGAGUCCUCAAAGUCUGUAGCGGCUGCCGGUGCGCAGGAAUCGAAGGGAGAAAGUUUAGACUCCAUUUCCUCUUCAGCACUGGCUGCUCUACAGAAUGAUGUCCAGCCGGUCGGAUAUGACUAUGUUGAAGAGGUGCGAAAUGAUGAAGGCAAAGUCAUCCGUUUUCACUGCAAGCUUUGUGAAUGUAGUUUUAAUGAUCCUAACGCCAAAGAAAUGCAUCUGAAAGGCAGACGCCACCGUUUACAGUACAAGAAAAAGGUUAACCCGGACCUGCAGGUGGAGGUCAAGCCGAGCAUUCGUGCUCGGAAGAUUCAAGAAGAAAAGAUGAGAAAACAAAUGCAGAAGGAGGAGUACUGGAGGCGGCGAGAGGAGGAGGAGCGCUGGAGGAUGGAGAUGCGUCGUUAUGAGGAGGACAUGUACUGGAGGCGGAUGGAGGGAGAUCAGCACCACUGGGACGAUCGCCGGCGUAUGCCAGACUCUGGCUUUCAGCAGUGUCCCCCUGGGCUGCUGGGAGUCCGCCCUGGGCUGCCCGGGAUGCAGCCUCAAGGACUGCUGCCUCAGCGCCGCCCUGACUCUUCAGAUGACCGCUACGUAAUGUCCAAACACGCAGUCAUCUAUCCCUCCGAGGACGAGCUUCAGUCUAUCCAAAAGAUUGUGUCAAUCACAGAACGAGCUCUAAAGCUUGUGUCAGACAUCAUCACUGAACAAGACACGGGCAAAGAAGAGGACAAAGACAAAGACAAGGAAAAGAAAGAAACGCCGGCAAAAGACAGGACCCUAAAAGGGGUGAUGCGGGUCGGAGUCCUGGCCAAGGGCCUCCUUUUGGGCGGAGACAAGAGUGUGAACCUGGUGUUGUUGUGUUCUGAUAAGCCCACCAGAACCCUCCUGAGUCGCAUUGUGGAGCACCUUCCGGCUCAGCUUGCGGUCGUGUCCCCAGAGAAAUAUGAAGUGAAAGCCUCUGUAGCGGAGGCAGCCAUUGUCCUGAGCUCUGGCUCUGAGCCCAAGAUGAAUGUGAACAUCACUCUGACGUCGCCGUUGAUGCGGGAGGAUGGUCCUGAAGGAGAUAUAACCUCGGGUAUGAUGAAUGACCCAGCGGACGUCUUGGACAGACAAAUUUGCCUUGACGCUCUGGCUGCUCUGCGCCACGCUAAGUGGUUCCAGGCUAGGGCCAAUGGUCUCCAGUCCUGCGUCAUCAUCAUCCGGAUACUUCGGGACCUGUGCCAGCGUGUGCCCACCUGGUCAGCAUUCCCUGGCUGGGCGAUGGAGCUGCUGGUGGAAAAGGCCAUUAGCAGCGCCUCAGCUCCACUGGGACCAGGAGACGCCCUCAGGCGAGUCCUGGAAUGCAUCUCAUCUGGAAUUUUACUUGCAGGAGGACCAGGGCUGUUGGACCCCUGUGAAAAGAACCCUAUAGACACUCUGGCUACACUGGGAGAACAGCAGAGAGAGGACAUCACUUCCAGCGCCCAGUUUGCGUUGCGACUGCUGGCCUUCCGUCAGAUCCACAAAGUCCUGGGGAUGGACCCUCUGCCUCAGACCAACACCCGCUUCAACGCGACCCCCAGCCGAAAGCGUCGGCACGACAACAGCGACGGCACUGACAGCUUCGAGGGAGAAGGCAAGAAGGACAAAAAGGACUACGACAACUUUUAG